UCAAAUCUCCACAGAGUCUUUGGGUUCAGACUGUAACGCUGAAGAAGAGCAGACACCACUUAAGAUGUGCUCAGUGAAGCUAGAGGACUGCAGGAACCUAACGGAGAUGAAAAGAGAAACCACAGCUGAUGAAGAACCAAGCGAUGAUGAGAUCCAUGAGAGUCCAUACUGGAGAGAAGCCUUUCCUGUGCCCUCAAUGUGGAAAGAGUUUCAAUAUUAAACUAUAUCUUAAGAAUCACCUGAAAAUUCAUACUGGAGAGAAACCGUACACAUGCACUGAGUGUGGGAGGAUUUUCUCACAAAGAGGACACCUUGACACGCACAUGAUAUCUCACACCGGAGAGAAGCCUUAUACGUGCAAUGAGUGUGGAAAGAGUUUCACACGCCAAGGAAGACUUAAUAUUCACAUGAGAACUCACACUGGAGAGAAGCCGUUCACGUGCCCUCAGUGUGAGAAGAGUUUCAUUGGUAAACAUUACCUUAAGGAUCACCUAAAAGUUCACACUGGAGAGAAACCGUACACCUGCCUUGAGUGUGGAAAGAGUUUCACACGGGCAGAGAGCGUCAAAGAUCAUCAUCUACGAAUUCACUCUGGAGAAAAGUCAAGCUGUGAUCAGUAAAACACAAUUUUGGGUUUAGGACUUGUCAGUAUCUGAUACAAGAAAGACAGUUUCAGAGAUGCUUUUAAAGUCACUUGCUCUACAUAUAUGCUAUGCCUUAUACUCAAAAACAAUGUGUUUUUCUUACUGUAAAGUGAGCUCAACAAAACUCUUUGUGCACAGCACA